AGCAUAAAUAGGCACCAGCACAGCACGGUGCCAGACACACGGCGCAGCCAACCAACAGCAGGGCAGCCUUCCCCGCACGCGUGGCACCGCUCCGGGUACACUCAGCAUGGCAGAGCCUUCGCUGCCCCUCUCCUUCCUCUGUCUCCUGGCUUUGUCCUCCGCCUGCUACAUCCAGAACUGCCCCCGAGGUGGCAAGAGAGCCCUGGGUGAUACAGCCCUGCGACAGUGUCUGCCCUGCGGACCCGGGAACAGGGGUCGCUGCUUUGGGCCUGGGAUCUGCUGCGGUGCAGAGCUGGGCUGCUACCUGGGCACAGCAGAGACACGGCGCUGCGCAGAGGAGGACUAUGUGCCUUCACCAUGCCAGGCUGGUGGGCAGCCCUGCGGCUCCGGUGGGCGCUGCGCUGCCAACGGUGUCUGCUGCAGUGCUGACACAUGUGCCAUGGAUGCCGUGUGCCUGGAGGAGGGCAGUGAGCAGGCAGAAGAGGCAGCAGAGAAGAACCUGACAGUGCUGGAUGGUGCAGCUGGGGACCUGCUGCUGCGGCUGAUGCACUUGGCCAACAGGCAGCAGCAGGGCAAGCAGCCUGGCCUCUGAGCAGCCAGGACAUCAGAAGGCCUCGUUGUAAAUAGCAGAUCUAAUAAAGUCCUCUUGCACUGUG